AUGAUUGCGCUGUGCAGAGCUAAAUGUUUUAUCCUACAUUUACGCGAAGAGUCGUGCAAUGUACCGAAUGCCCAGAGAGGUUUGAAAGGGAAUGUCAUUAUCUUUCCGCAACGUCCUUCGAAAAUCUUGGAAGUCCUUCCUCCGUCAAUUGAAGAUGUAUUAACACCAAUAUGUGUUUUAUUCGUUGGUUCAUCUCCUCCAACAAUUGAUUGGUUGCGCAGGCACGCCAAACCGUUGAUUGUGCGUAGAGAAAAGGUCCGGUCAGCUUUAUUGUGGUUGCGUGAACAUAACGUACUCUAUAGUGACGUGCUUAUCGACCACGACUUUUUGGAUUCGUUGAGUGAAGAAGAUAUUUUGCCUGUCCACAUUGAAACCGUACCUGAGGAUGACAUGCGCGCCCAAGAUGCAUUGACCUCGCGAUACGAUGGCAACCAUGAUUGCGAUCCAGAUUCAUUGUUUGAUAAAGAGCCCUGCCUUGGUGAUACAGUUGGAGGUUUGGACACAGUUUCAUCCGCCGAGGAUGUUUUUCAACAUGUUGUUGUGACUGAUGUCGACAGCAAUGCUCCGGGUCAUGAAUUGCGUGCAGCCGCACUUCGUCAUGUGAAGGAAAAAAGUGGUGGCUUCAUACAAGUGCCGCAUGGGCUGAGUCCUAUGAAUGAAUAUGUUAAUCCUGAAUUACUCCCAAAGGUCUAUCCUACUCUGUUUCCGUAUGGAGUUGGGGGUUUUGAGCAUCCUCGUCGCACAAGUCCAAUAUCGUUUAAGCGCCAUGUGAAGCUUCUUUUUAGCUUAGCUGAUAGACGUUUUCAGGAGCAUUACUCCUUCUUGUUUAUUGUGUUUAACAUCUUGCAACGAAGAAAAUCGCUCUUACACACCAGUUUGAAAGUCAAAUGUACUUCAUUCGGCACAGUAUCACAAAGUUUCGCAUCUGUUUCAUCCACAGCGGUCCAUACGGUUGCUGAACGUGUUGCAAAGGGUGAUUUUGCUACAGUUUAUACACCGGAAGAACAGAAAGUACGUUGA